UCUCAGAUGUCAUCAGUAAACGACGGCGCGCGUUUUGGGAAAACAAAUUUGGUUGCAACGAAACAUUUUGGAGAGGCCAGCAAGGAUUUAAACUGAUUUCUAUAGACAUGUCUGAAGAAUAUGGAGGAUUAUCCUGUGGUGCCAGGGGAAACAAAAUGGAAAACCCCAGUGAAGCUGCCUUGCUUGCAUUAAUGGAAAAAACAGGUUAUAGUAUGGUGCAAGAAAAUGGACAAAGAAAAUUUGGAGGGCCACCUCCAGGUUGGGAAGGCCCUCCACCACCAAGAGGUUGUGAAGUAUUUGUGGGAAAGAUACCUCGUGAUAUGUAUGAGGAUGAAUUGGUUCCUGUUUUUGAAAGGGCUGGAAGAAUUUAUGAGUUCAGACUAAUGAUGGAGUUUAGUGGUGAAAAUCGUGGUUAUGCUUUUGUCAUGUACACAACCAAAGAUGCUGCCCAGAAAGCCAUUCAUAUGUUGGAUAAUUUUGAGAUUCGCCCAGGAAAAUGUAUAGGAGUCUGUGUCAGUUUGGAUAACUGCAGGCUUUUUAUAGGCUCAAUUCCAAAAGAAAAGAAAAAAGAAGAAAUCUUGGAUGAGAUGAAGAAGGUAACAGAUGGUGUUGUGGAUGUUAUUGUCUAUCCAAGUGCUACAGACAAAACAAAGAACAGAGGAUUUGCUUUUGUAGAGUAUGAGUCCCAUAAAGCAGCUGCUAUGGCAAGAAGAAAACUUAUUCCCGGUACUUUCCAACUAUGGGGCCACACUAUUCAGGUUGAUUGGGCAGAACCAGAAAAAGAUGUUGAUGAGGAAACAAUGCAGCGUGUAAAAGUCCUUUAUGUAAGAAAUUUGAUGAUUUCAACUACGGAAGAAACUAUACGGCUUGAAUUUAGCAGAUUUAAGCCUGGAGCUGUAGAACGAGUAAAAAAACUUACAGACUAUGCUUUUGUACACUUCUACAGUCGUGAUGAUGCUGUCACUGCUUUGCAUGUCAUGAACGGGAAGACAAUUGAUGGAUCUAGCAUUGAAGUGACUUUAGCUAAACCAGCUAACAAGGAAAGCAACAGAAGAAAUCAUCAGAAAGGACAGGGCAGUCCUACCUCUGAUGGGCUGUUGUUUCAAAGCAAAGAAAAUGGGCAUUCAGCCACUCCCACAAGGCCCCUUAACUUACCCACGCGAUUUAAUAGUAAUCAUAAUUCCAGUUCACAAGAAGUAGAAAGAUGCAUAUUCCCAUUUUACCCUGGAACUAAUCUGUCAGCAAUAAGUAUGUAUUCAUUAAAGCCAAGUUACUUCUGCUCAGCUGUAACACUACUAGAGUAUUACUGCAACAAAAAUGGAUGGGGGCCUCCAGAAUAUUAUUUGUUUUCCACAGCAAGUCAGGAUGGGAAGCUUCUUUUGAUAUACAAAGUUUUUGUUACUGGUGCUGGCAGUACUUUCAUGCCAGAUAAGCUUUGUACUGUCCUGGAGGACGCCAAAGAGCUUGCAGCACAGAAUGCCCUUUGGAGUUUAGAUUGUACGUUUUGUAGCACUUCUUCAGGUGGAAGCCCUUCGCCUUCUUGUUCUAGCCUGGGCAGCACUGUGCUUUCGUAUGGCUGUAGAUCAUACUCAUAUCCAAAUUAUCCUCUUUCACCAGCAUUAUCAAUGACAGCCGGAAACCAGAUAGGACAGAGGUUAUACAUUUCUAAUCAGUCACCCUAUUUUUAAGAAUUAAUGCUUAUGGUAGCAGAUGCUAUAAUGUACAUGUAUGAAUUACCCAAGAGAUCAUUUGCUUAAUUUAGUUGCCUCCAUAUGUUUUUGUUGUUUUUUUAUUUUUCUUUUUUUAACUCCUUGCAUGCGAUACCUAAAUGAAUUCAUGUGAAAACCUUAAAAAAUAACUGCCAAGUUUGACAAAUAUAUCUUGACAUUAAAUUGGGAAUGCUUAAAGUAGCAAUAAAGACAUGUAUAUGUAUCUUUAUUUAGUCUGUUUUAUAUUAUUUUAAAUGUCACUUUGGUUGACUGAAAAUGAUGUGUUAUCAGAACUAAUAUAAGUUGAAAUCUGAAAUAUAUGAAGCACAAUGUUGUGGUUAUAUGGAGAUGUGCAUUAGAAUGCGACAUGUUAAUAAAGAACGUGUAUGUUAUAUCUCAGUCUUUAGCUUUCUUAUUUAUUAUUGAAACCACAUUACUCCAAAUUAUACACAUGUAUGUCAUUAUUGUGUAUCUUUGUUGUUGCUUAAAGUUAUUUUAAAAAGUGGAAUAAAGCAGCAACUCAUUGGCAUAUUUGAUUU